AUGAGGAACCAAACCCCCACCAGUUCUCGCUCAACUCCCUUCCGAAUCCUCAUCAUCAACCCUAACACCUCAACUCAAAUGACAGAGUCCCUCAAACCCAUCGUCCAGGGACUCAACUACAACGACAUCCAAUUCGACUAUUUCACUGCACCAAAUAAACACGUCACCUUACCCGACGGCAGAGUCAUCGAGCCCGUGCACAGUAUCAAUUCCGGUGAAGACUCGAUACAAUCAGCGCACCACUGUCGUCCCUUUGUGGAACCACUCAUACCCAAAUACGACGCCUUUCUGGUCGCAUGCUACUCGGCGCAUCCGCUCGUGGGCAUGCUACGAUCAACUAUAAAAGCACUUGAAAAUAAAGCGCGACAUUCAGACUCGGGGACACUACACGUUUUCGUUGAAGAGGAAAUAAACCCGGGUAAAGCAAAGAAAUAUGUUACGGGUAUAUUUGAGGCUAGUGUGACCAGUUCGUUGAUGCUGAUUAGCAGUUUUCAUCUUUUGGCGGAUUGGAGUCACCAUAAGGCGCAGUCGCAGGAUACUUGGGGCAUUGUCACGACCGGCGCGGUGUGGAAGGAGGAGCUUACCAAGGCUGUGGGGUUUAUGAUUAAUGGGCCGGAGGAGAGUGAAGAGAAGAGGAGGAAGUUGUUGAAUGCGGAGCAUACGAGUCCGACGCCGUCGCCUGCACCACCUUCGGUGCCGCGGUUUGCGGGCGUGGAGACUACGGGGUUGACAGCUGUAGAGUUACAUAAAACGCCGCCGGAGGAGGUACGUCGACGGAUCAUUGAUGCUACUGAGAAAAUCCUCAAGGGGUCUUCGCAUCCAGUGCGAGCCGUGUGCUUGGGUUGUGCUGGAAUGGCUGGAAUGGAAGAGGCGGUGCGCGCAGGGUGUAUAAAAGCAUAUGGAGAAACCGAAGGGGAGAAUGUGCAUAUAGUGGAUGGCGUUGUAGCUGGAGUUGGAUUACUUGUGAAUUCCUGCAAAUCUCGGCCGGUCCUCAAAAAUAGCACCGAGAUAGCCAAUGGCGCCAAUCCCCAAAACAGCAACGCGCUCUUCUUCAAUCGCCCCGUCUCUGGCAGACUUCCUCAAAACAUAUCAGACCUCCAUCUUGGCGGUGAAGCCGAUUUCUAUAAAGAACGUAGACACCAUUUGGAGGUUCUUGGAUUCCAUGCUCUGCCAGAGGAUAAGAAGGCGCCGAUUGGAGCGGUAGAGUUUGAGGGUGUGCGAGGACCUCAUGGUACGAUUCCGAUCCGUUUGUUCUAUCCAAGAGCAAUAAUAUCCAAAGCCAAGGACGAUGGCGAGGAUAAGCAGGUGGUUGUACUCGUAUAUAUGCAUGGAGGUGGAUAUACGGUUGGCUCGGUGGACGAGUUUGAGAAUGGAUUGAGAUUACUUGCCGAAGCGGCAGAUGUAAUAUCAGACCAUCGGUGUCGAGUACCACCUCGCUCCAGAACAUCGUUUCCCGACCCAAUUAGACGAAUUCUCCGCAUGAUCGACUGGGCACAAGGCCCCGAGGGCCAAAGCCGGGGAAUCAAUCCAAAUCUCGUCUUUGGCGGCGGCGAUUCCGCCGGAGGAAACAUGACGGCUGCCCUUGCUCUGCGUCGUCAAGAUCAGAGACUGAAAAACAUGGCUGGUCAGAUUCUGUUGUAUCCCGAAGCGCGAAUUCCAUUUGAUACACCAGCGGCAACGGAGAAUAAUACUGGAGGAAGUCUGUAUCUGGUCUGUAAUGGGAUUUUCAGUUUUGCAGAUCAUUAUCUUCCCAAAUCGCCGCGCGAAGGGGCGUAUCCGCCGAGUCAUCGAUACGUGAGUCCUGGCAUGCAAAAGGUCGAGGACCUGCAGGCUAAUCUACCGCCUGUCGCGCUAUUCACGUGCGGAUGGGAUCCGUUGAGGGAUGUUGCGGUAGAGUAUGGAAGUAAACUGCAAGAGGCAGGAGUGCAGGUUAACUGGCACCAUUAUGAGCAUUUGACGCAUGGAUUUUUGCAAUUUGCGCCGUGGUCGAAGGAGCGUAUGGAUGCUACAAUGGAUGUGGCUAAGGUGUUGAAGAAAAUGGCUUAUAGUUGA